GGCUAUGUCGGUUUGAUUCCCUUCUCUCUCUUUCUCUCUCAAUUUCUAGCGCUGUCAUACACAGUCUCUCUAGCACACACUAUCCCUUCCUCCCUCCCUCUCUCGUCGUGCAUGUCGGUUCCCUUUUUAGGUUAAGCCAAAAUUUUGAUUCUCUCAUUUCAUUUCUUCUGCUGCUGCGGUUGUUCCCAUCUCUCUCUCUCUCUAUCCCUCUGUUUCAUUCUGCAUCAUUUGAUUUGUCUCAAGUUUAGGAGAUCGCUUAAAGUUGUGCUUUUUCUUCUGAUUUCUCCCUUUCCGUCUCUGGGUUUUCGUUGUCUCGAUCUGUUGUGGGUUCAAGUUUGUUAGAUCUUUUUAUAUCCUAUUGGGUUCCCUCUGUUUCUCUCGGAUAGGAAUCUGGGGUUGUGUGCUAGAUAGAAUCGGAUCAGUGGGUUCGUAUCACUACCCCACUUUGAGCUUUCCAUUUGUUUCUUAUCCCGGAUCCUUUCAGAUCUUUGAAUUUGGUGGUAAAAAUGUUGGAUCAGAGUGAGAAAGGAUUGGAUUCUGAAGAUCGGAACAAGAAAUCCUCAAAUGGGUUUAGCCCCAAAGAAACCCAAAAUCAAGGUGGUGAAACGAAGAAGACCUGCGCUGAUUGUGGUACCUCCAAAACCCCUCUCUGGAGAGGUGGUCCGGCAGGCCCCAAGUCACUAUGUAAUGCAUGUGGGAUUCGAAGCAGGAAGAAGAGAAGGGCGAUCUUGGGGAUAAACAAAGAAGACAAAAAAUCAAAAAAAGUAAGCAGCAGUAAUAGUAGUUCUUCAAGUAGUGGAAAUAACGGUAAAAUAGGUGACAAUCUGAAGCAGAAAUUGUUGGCUUUCGGGAGAGAUGUUUUGAUGCCGAGAUCAACGGUGGGGAAGAAGCAGAGGAGGAAGUUGGGAGAAGAAGAGCAAGCAGCUUUUUUGCUCAUGGCUUUGUCCUGUGGCUCUGUUUUCGCCUAAUAUUUUUUGUCAAAAGAUUAAUAAUACUAUGAACCCUCAGUGCUUAUCUAACCAUUUUCCAGUGUAAUCUCUGUGAUUUUCCAAUGUUCUUUGGCAAUGAUUUGUAGUGUUAACUGACUUGUUUCAGAGAUGAAUCGAAGAAGAAAUUGUAAGAAGUCGU